AUGUACGGAAAUAUGCGUGAAAGGGAGGAAUUUUGCCGAAGUUUUCCACCGGGACAACCGAUCCAGACACCGACGGCACGAGCUCUGGGCCUUGACGCUCUUCACAAUCUUUGUAAAGAGAUCUAUCCGGACCAAAGCAAUCCACUCACUGUCACUGCAGUUGUAAAAUAUUGGUUGGGAGGUCCGGAUCCUCUAGACUACAUAAGUAUGUAUGAAAAUUCAGGUUGUCCGGAAUUAGGCAUACCACCACAUUGGCAUUAUAUUAGUUUGGGUUUAUCGGAUUUACAUGGAGAUGGACGAAUACAUCCAAAAAGUGGUCCUGGUCGUGCUAGUGGCUUUGGAUUUGAAUUAACCUUUAGAUUAGUCAGAGAAAGAAAUGAAAUGACUCCUCCCACUUGGCCAGCAAAUGUAAUGCAACAAUUAGCAAAAUAUGUUUUUAAUUCUGGUAAUAUGCUGUUGCCGGGAGACCAUGUCUCGUGGCAUGCACCUCUGGACAACGGCAAUGGUCGUAUUACCCAAAUUUUAAUGGGCAAAGAUCCACAGUUACCAGCAUCCAUAUCUACACCACAUGGAGAUGUUUCAUUUGUUCAAAUUGUAGGAGUUACUUCUGAAGAACUACAAGCUGCACAACAUUGGAAUGGUCUAGGUCUUGUAAAUUUAUUAAAAUCUAGUCGUGGUUGUGGACCAUGGUUAGUGACAGACAUGAGAAGAAUGUAUUCUAUUAUGGAAGAUGAUCCUUCUAUAGCAGAGAAAAUACAAACUGGUAUAGAAAAAGAGGGUUCUAAUUUAAGUGGUGUAUCUGCAAAAUGUUGGUGGGUCCAAGUAAAUAGUGAUAAAAGUACAGAAAAAUAUAGAGAAACAAGAAACGAAUCAGAUGAGGAAGAUGAAGAUAUAAAACCAAUAAUAAAAUCAGAAAGAUUGUCUCCUUGUGAACAAGAUACAAACUUACCAAAUGAAAAUUUUAUUAAAGUUUUACCAGGUCUUCAUUUGACUUUUAAUCUUGAAGCUGGAUCUUUGUUACCAUUAGCAAUAAAAGGUCGAGUCAUGCACGGAAGGCAUUUUACAUUUAAAUCAAUAUUAUCUCAUACAGCAAUUACAAUAGUUGCACCUUCAGUUACCGGAACUCUAGUUUCUAGGGAAAAACCAUAUGUAGUUCAAGGACCAUGGUUACAAGUUCUGCUUCCAGAAGAUUUAUCUGAAAAGAUGGCUCAAGAGUUCCAAGUUUUAAAUUCACCAAAUCAGAUUCAGUUGCCAAAGACAUUUUCUUGGCCCGAACAUAAAUUGGUUAUUACUGUUGUAAAUGACUGAAAAAACUAAAUUAAUACUAUUAAUAUUAUUUAAAAAUAUCGUUAAAAGUGAAUUAGGAUAAAUUGACGUAAGAAAAGUAUUAUCUAAUCUCGUUACAAAAAAAUUUCGACGAAAUUAUUUAUAAUCAAAUUGCGUUUUUGCAGUUAUCGAACAAGCGAUAGAUUACUAGCGAAACUUUAUCUAUCAAUGUGUAAAAGAAGAGAUAAAUUAUCAUGAAUAUAUUUUUUUAUUCAACAAAAGAAAUAGAAAAUAAUUUGUAAUGAAAAUUUUUUUUAUAUAUCUCUCUUUUACAAAUUGAUAUUUGUUAAAGAUUUAUAUUUAAUUAUGUAUAUAUAAUAGAACACAAAUUACAAAGUGUAAUUUUGUAUUUGAUAUACGAGUUUACACAUUGUUAUUUUAUACAAAACAUUUUUGUAAAUAGAGAACUUAACUUUUCUGGCAGCGUCCGUCAGAAUUCUGUACCAAUUUUUACGAAUGAAAAGUGUAUGAUGUAAUGAUAAAUAUAAGAAAUAAUAUUUAUAAGGAAA